CGACGUGGUUCGUUUGUUUGGGAUGGCAGACACUAAAUUGGAAAGUGCACCUGACAGUUCAAAUUUAAUUCAGAAUAACAACGGCGCUAAUGUUUCCUCUCAGCAAAACAACCCUUUAUCCAGAAAACUUAAUAAAAUUCUGGAAACCCGCCUGGAUAAUGACAAGGAAAUGCUGGAGGCGUUAAAGUCCCUCUCGAUUUUCUUCACAGAGAACAGCCUCCGCACACGAAGAAACCUGAGAGGAGACAUCGAGAGACGUAGUUUGUCCAUCAAUGAAGAAUUUGUGCAGAUAUUCAAAGAUGUGAAGGAGGAGCUGGAGAGUGUUCAUGAAGACGUCCAAGCCAUGAGCUCCUGCUGUGGAGAAAUGACCAGCAGGUUAAAGGCUGCCAAGGUACAAACCCAGGACUUGAUUCUGAAAACCAACAACUUACAAGGAGAAAAUCAGCGUCUGGAGGUGCGGGCACAGGUGGCUCAGGCUUUCCUAUCAAAGUUUCAGCUGUCCAGUGAAGAAAUGGCUGCCCUUCGGUAUGCACGUGACGGCCCCAUCACUGAGGAUUUCUUUAAAGCCUUAAAUCGAGUUAAAAACAUUCAUGAAGAUGUGAAAGUUCUACUGAGGACCAACCAGCAAACAGCAGGAUUGGAGAUCAUGGAGCAAAUGGCAGUUCUGCAGGAGACCUCGUUCGAGCAGCUGUACCGCUGGGCACAGAAUGAGUGUCGAGGGUUGACUCAGGAGACGUGUGAUGUUCCUCCAGUGCUCAGCCAAGCCAUGGAGGCUUUGCAGAACCGGCCUGUUCUUUAUAAAUACACACUGGAUGAAUUUGGCACCGCGAGGCGCAGCGCAGUGGUCCGUGGCUUCAUCGAUGCUCUGACGCGAGGGGGACCAGGAGGCACACCCAGACCUAUAGAGAUGCAUUCCCAUGACCCUAUGAGGUAUGUGGGGGACAUGCUGGCAUGGCUGCACCAGGCUACAGCUUCAGAGAAAGAACAUCUGGAGGCUCUGCUGAAACAGGUCACAGUACAAGGUGUUGAGGACACCAUGCAGGAGAUUGUUGGUCACAUAACAGAAGGGGUGUGCAGACCGCUAAAGGUGAGGAUCGAGCAGGUGAUUGUUGCAGAGCCGGGUGCUGUGCUGCUCUACAAACUCUCCAACCUGCUCAAGUUCUACCACCACACCAUCAGUGGCAUCAUUGGCACAAGUGCUGCAGCUCUCUUAAUGACCAUGGAGGAGAUGCACGUUCUUAGCAAGAAGAUGUUCUUCAACAGCCUCAGUCUUCAUGCUAGCCGUCUCAUGGACAAGGUUGAACUGCCUCCCCCUGAUCUGGGCCCUACAGCCUCCCUCACCCAGACGCUGUCACUCCUCAGGGAGGUAUUAGCAUCACAUGACUCAUCUGUGCUUCCUCUGGAUGCACGGCAGGCGGACUUUGCUCAGGUGUUGUCGUGUAUCCUGGACCCCCUGCUGCAGCUCUGUACCGUGUCCGCCAGUAACCUGGGCACAGCUGAUAUGGCCACCUAUAUGGUCAAUUCACUCUACGUGAUGAAAACCACGCUGGCUCUGUUCGAGUUCACAGACAAGAGGCUAGAAAUGCUCGAGUUUCAGAUCGAGGCACAUUUGGACACUCUGAUCAACGAGCAGGCAUCUUUCGUGCUGACGAGGGCUGGACUCGGUUAUAUCUAUCAUUGUUUACAACAGCACAGCUCAGAGCAGGGUACUUUAUCCAACCUCCCAUCUAUGGAUAGUUCAUCUUUAAAAGCAGCUAUGGUCCAGUUUGAUCGCUACUUGGCAUCUCCAGAUACCUUUGUGAUGCCCCAACUCAACUUUCUCCUCAGUGCAGCUAUCAGAGAGCAGAUCUUCAAACAAUCCACAGGGCUGGUGUGCCGUGCGUAUGGAGAGGUGUAUACAGCCGUAACCAAUCCAGCUAAUGGCUACAGAGAACCUGAGAGUGUGUUACACAGAUCCCCUCAGCAGGUACAAACCCUGCUGUCCUGAGCCGUCCAUUCUCUCUCUCUCUCACACACACAUACUUGUAUCUGACAGAGAUAUCCACAGGAUCUGGUACCAGAUGUUGGCUGAACAGCAAUAUAAACCAGCCAGAGUCGAAAAAUGUGGUGGAUUCAGGGCUGGGGAGUGACUGUGUGAGUGUCCUUCUAUUCGACUCCCACAAUGUUAUGAGUACAACACUUUGUAUUAGAAAGAGUAAACAAGUCAAGCUUGGGGGAAGGGGGUUUAGGAUGGACAAAAAAAGUACUAUACUAUAUGUAUAUAUGUGUGUAGAAUUACACUGACAAGCAGAAAAAUAUAUUUACAGAUUUGUACAUGUGUAUAAGGGUGGGGGACAAAUAAGAGUUUGGAAAAUCUUUCAACCUGGUAAAAGCAAUAAUCCUGUGUUAUUUGGUUUCUAGUUGUUGGUAACUUUUAAGGAUUUAAAGACUUUUCUGACCCCUCCAAAGAAAUCAAUAAAGUUUAGACCACCAGUUCCCUACAUAGUUUAAUUAGAUGGUUGUGAGCAGAAAUUAUAAGUAGUGCCCAAGACUGGUGUAAAUUUGUAAUGACCUGAUUAUGGACUGCAUGGGUGACAGAAUGCCAUGUUUUGUUGUACUGUUUAGCAAUUUCUUUUUUUGUUUGUAUUUAAAUAUAUUAAAUAUAAUUUAAACACUG